AUGGUCCAACACACAAUGGAUCCUAACACUGGCUAUCCUGCCGGCUAUCCCGUCCCGACUCAGAGCCCCCAAAAUCAACAGAUGCCAUUCUACCCUAAUCCAGCACCCCCAUAUCCCCAGCCCAAGACACCGUCCACUCAACAAUUUGGUGCCAUGCCAAUGCAGCCAGGUCCUGGUGGAGCAAUGGUUCCUUCAGGUUUCCCCCAAUCCUCUGCACCAAUGGAAAACUAUUCAGCGCCCUUUACCCAAGCUCCCAUGCCCGGUCCCAUGGGCCAAUUUGUCCCUCAGAGCACAUCCGGCGCGAACAUGCCCUCCCAAGUAGCACAGACCUUCUCCCAAAACAUGGCAUCCAUAUCAGCAAACAACUUACUCGGCACGCAACCCAAACCCCCUUCGCAAAUAAACUCCCCACAAAGUGGUGCGUCCCCCGGAGCCCCGGCCCAGACACAGGCUCAAGCCCAGGCGCAAGCCCAGGUUGCUGCGCGUGAAAAGGCCCGUGUUACGGUUCUCCUUGAUAUCAACUCGGCGCUUCUGGAGGAGGUGGUGAAUCUUCAGGCUGCUGGUAAGGCCGGGCCUGCAUCCAACCCGGACACAAACUCGCCGACCUCCGAGCCCGCAGAUGCAUCCAAGGCAAACCAGAAACCCAGCCAAGAAUACAUUGAAUGUAUGCGCCGCCUGCAAGCCAACCUUGCCUAUCUUGCGACCAUCGCCGAUCGAGCGAAGAAAGCCGGUGGCGUCGUUCCUCAGACGCUGGCGAUUAUGACUCCGCCUCCUAACCUCCCGGCUGUGAACGAGUUGUACACCAAACUGAACGAUCUUUUUCCUCGAUCGGGCAAGACCUCCACUCCGCAGAGACUCAGCCCCAACGGUGGGCCAAGUCCCCGCGCUAUGAAUGAUUCAAUGGUUUGA